AUGGCGACCGAUAAGGAUCUCAUCUUCCAGAGCUUCUCAAAAGGCCUAGACGAGGCACAAGCCUUGUACCAAGCUGACAAGAAUGCCGAAUGUAUGGUUGAGUGCCAGAAAAUGCUCGCAGAGUCAGCCCUUCCAAAUUACCUUCGCAUCCGCAUCUUGUGUCUUCUUGUCGCUAUCGAAGACGACUACUCAACGGCCUGGAGCUACCUCGGUGACGCCAAAGUGCUGCAUCGUUUCCUACAGCGCUGCAAUCCCAGUGGUCAAGAUGCGGAGCUCGACAAGAUUAUGACACAACUCUCGGAGGGGCUGGAGCAGCUGGAGGAGAUGCUGAUCGAGGAGGCACCAAGUGAUGAAGACACAGGUGAUGAAGAAGCCCGUGAAGAGGAGCUUGAUGCGCAACUCGAUGAGAAAAUCAAGGCCAUGGAAGCAGCGCAGAAAGCAGAAGAUGAGUUGGAGGACAUCGAUGCGGAGGUACUUGGAAUGUCAAAGGAAGAGAUGCGAGCCAUCACUGCAAGCAAGGCGGCGAGCAAGAACAACCCAAAAGAACCACGCAAGCCGCAGCUGAUUGGCAAGCUCACAUCAAGCACUGCGAGCGUCUCCACGAGCGCUGCCACUGCUUCCGCACCGUCCACGGCCAAGUCUUCCAAGUGGUAUGAGGAUUCUGCUCACUCUCGCGCGCAUGGUUUCGGAGGCGACAAACCGUUUCAAGAUCCAAACACCAAGCGGUCACCACAAAAGUCCGACACCGUCUCUGCUGAAGAGUUCCUGUAUCCAGGGGCGCAUGGUCCCGUGCUUGGGCGUGCGAGAUCUCUUCGCAAGAAGCCUACUUUGACGAAGAAAGAGCUACUGACCAGUACUCUUCCAGCCAGAGCCAAGACACUGCAGGACUCGCGCGGUGCUGCAAACGAUCCUUCUGAGGCGGACAGCAGCCGACCGCCAGCUGUGCUUCCGAAAUUCGCGGUUGAGCUUUUUGGAGAGGUGGAGGAUGCAAAGAAAUGA